AUGUCAAACAAUCAAAAGAGUAUCUGCCCAGCAGACAAUAAUGUCAGAAUUACAAAUAUCUCAGCAGCCUUAAACACCACCAAUGUGAAAAAGCCACCUGUAGCUCCUGCAGACACUACAAACUCUACUGGACUUGAGAAUUCAACUGAGCCAACAUUUUCAACUGAUACUAAGGACUUCUGGGAAGACACAUUUAUCCUUGUCAUUGGAAUUCCCUCUGCUUUUGUGAUUUUAAUAGCAAGUACUGGAAUUUCACUUUAUAUUUGGAGAAAAUAUAAAAGAGCUGCUUCACAAAACCAAAGCAGAAAAAUUAAUGUUCCUAUAGAGCUGAUAACAUUGCCGACAAAUUCCAACAGAGUAGAAGAAAUUACUUUGGAUCAAAUGGUUUGCGCCAACGAACCAGAAAUAGACAAAUACAUGGUUCCUUCAUCUUUGCCCAUUAAACCGCAAAUGGUUUGCGCCGACGAACCAGAGAAAAACACAUACAUGGUUCCUUCAUCUUUGCCCAUUAAACCGAAAAAUAAUGCCAAUUUUGAAGAAGAAGAAGACCAUCAUUAUGAAAGUAUUUACGUGGAAAUGGUUGACCAAACUGAAAAUAACAAUGAUAGUGAUGAAUCCUUGUAUGUUAACAUGGAAUUUCGAACUGAUGAAAAGGGAAUAGUGAAUGUCCAGCUUUGAAUUCAGGGACUUCAUCACAGCGGAUGUUUUGUUUUGAAUUAAAAUGGCCUCUGCUUUUAAUAGUUUUAAAUAUCUUAAAUUUUUUUUUUUUUUUACCAUUCGACAGCUACUCUAAAAUAAAAACAUUUAAAAGCAGCCAAAGAAAUUAAUUAAAGUUUACAUUCAAAAAUUGAAACUUUUAUUGUGAAUAAACAAAUAAGCUUCAUGAUUUUUUAAAUUUCCUUUUUAGGAUCCUGUUAGAUCUAUCUCAGUAAGCUAAUUUUUUUUUUUUUUUUAAUCAUUUUUUGUGUGUAUGUAUUUGUAUGUUGUCUCCUUUACAUUAAAGCUAUUGUUUACAAUAGUUCAAAUUUAUACUAUGUAACUUUUUUAAAAUGCAUAUUUUAUUCAUAAUGCUGUUUUCUUAUUAGUUAAUUUCAUAUCCCUGUAAAAAAUGUAAUAUUUGAGCUUUUCAUCUUUAUGCCUGAAAUCUGCACUGUUGUUGGUCUGCCACUACACCAUUAAGUCAUUGUAUUCAUGCUCUUUUUUUUUUUUUGCCAGCAAACUAUUUUUGCUCCUCUGUUGACAUUCUUUCCUGGUGACCCGCCCAGUGUUAUCUGUUCUCUUUUUUUUUUAUCAUUAUAGAGAUGUCUUCAUAUGUUUAAAUGGUAUAUUUUCUCCAUCAAGUUUCAUUUUGUAUAGCACCAUACAUUUUUCUUUCCCUAUUAUUUAAGCAAAUGUUCUGUUUUUUUUUUGUUUUUUUAUGUGCUAGUAUCCAGAUUUCACUUGCAUAUGGAUGAUUUUGUAUAAAGCUUUCUUUGUUUUCCUUGAUAUAUUUUUUGCUUUUAACUAAGUGUUGUGUUCUAUAAAAUCUCUGCUUCCUCUUUCUAUUUUGUUUUUUUAUUUCUGUCAGUAGGUCAUUUUUGGAAUUGGUCGUACUUCCUAGAUAUUUGACCAUUUUAAUAAAAUUGCAGUAACUUUAAUACAUUUUCUUCUGUCAGAUUGUCUCUUUUCAUGAUGACAUACUGGGCAUUGUUAUCAUUUUUUCAAGUGAGUAGUUUCUUCUAUUUAUGACUGCUCUAGCACUGUCAGCCGUAUCUGUACCCAAUAAGGCUAUUCCAUCGAAAUAUGCAAUAUAUUGUAGAUGUUGGCCAUUGUAGAUGUUGGCUGUAUGUUAUUCCUGUUGGUUGUAGAUCUCUUUUAAAUUAAUUAGUAAUUGUUCCCUUUGUGUUUAUGUGUACAUUCCUUAUGCUGCUCCGUAGUGUCAAAUUGAAACAAAUGUAUUAAAGCGAGUUUCCUUGUUUAAUCCUAAAUCCCUAUGAUUGUUCCCCCUGUAUUAUGACUAUUUUUUAUUUGUUUAAUGUAAUAUGCACAAAUCUUGUCAGUUUUUUAAGUAUUCCAAAAUCAUAUACACAUCAUAGAGAUAAUUACUUUUGAUAUCAUCAUAAACCAUUUUUUUAGCCUACAUAGAGUUGGUGUACUGGUAAUUGUAUAUUCCUAACAUUUUUGUAGGAUACACAUUACAGUGAAAAUAUGAUAGGUUGUUGAUCUCAUGGGUUUGAAACUUCAUUGGUUGUCACCUAAUAUUUCUUCCAAGUCAUUUAGUAGUAAGGAUCUUAAAUGGGUUUAAGAGAGAGAUUUCUCUGUAAUUACAUCACUUUAGUUGGGAUCCUUUUACAAAACUUAUAGAACUCAGUACUUCUGUCUGGUAAAAAUUUUGUUCAUGUUUUUUCUUCCACUUCCUAUUUUAAAUAUGGCUGAGUUAUUCAUUGUUGAUAAUAAAUCAAUAAAAAAAUUAACCAGUUAUUUAAUCAAUUAAUUUUGUGUUUUUAUAGGAAAAAAAAAAGUUAACCCUGCAGGGAUUUUGUGGCUCUUCCCAUUAAAUUAAAUUUUUUUUUUUUUUUUUUUAAAAGGAUUUUAUUAGGUAUUGGAGUUAUAUAUGUGGGAAUGCAGGCUUGAUCUCUUGCAAAUCUAAAAUGAUACCUAUUUCCAGUCAUUUUUCAUCCAUACCUGUCCAGUUUUUCAUGUUUUAACUUGUGUCAUUAGCUGUGUGCACAAUCAGCUGGGGUGCCCCUUUAAGUUGUCUAGAUAGCUGCCUUUACUUUCGAAUAAGGUGCUCUAGCCUUUGUUUUUUACGUUUAAACUUUCGUAUCAAUAUUUUUUUAGAUAUUGGGGUUGUUAGCUGUGUGCACAAUCAGCUGGGGUGCUCCUUACAGAUUUUCUGGUUAGCUGCCUUUACUUUCGAAUAAGGUGCUCUAGCUUUUGUGGAUCACCUCAAAUUAUGCAAGGCAGCAGGUUUGAUUUUCGUCCAGCCUGAGUAUUUUAUUUCUCUGAUACUAAACGCAUCUAAGAGCUGUCCCUUAUUAGCCACAUGGUCAGGUCUUGAGAGGGAAUCAGAAACUUUUCGUGAGAAGAAAAAUUAAAGCUUGAUUUUAUACUAUACUAUUAGUGGCCAUUCUGCUGAUGAUAAAGUUUGGGAUUAUUGCCCUUAGAAGGCCUGUUUGCUAAUUUAUUUACCUAAAUGAAUGGAAUUACAACAAUGAGAUAUAGGUUAUAAACAUUGAAAGGCGUUUUUGUUUUGUUUUUAAUUUAUUAAUGCUAACAAAUCUUUGUGAACACAAUUACCAGUUUGCUACAAGCAUUGAAAGGGUAGUAUUUAUUUAUUUUUAAUUCAGCAAACUUUGCAUUAAAACAAUUAUUUUAUAAACAUUCACUUUAAAAAUAUAUUGUAACCAAGAUAACUGGACAGUUAUUUUGUAAGGACACUGGUGAGUUGCAGUUGUGGACACCUUUAUGGAAUGUUACUUUCAAUUUGCACUACCAAACUGUAUUUACCUAAGGGAAUGAUAGUGUUAUGGUUUGUACCUGCAGAAUUAGAAUGGACAUUAAAUGUGACAUAUAUAAAACAGAGCUACAAUAGAGUACUGGUAAAGAAAUGAUAACGGUUAACCCAUAGCUUUUACAUUGCAAACAUGUGGUGAUGGGCAGAGACCAAUUUGUGGUCAUUAAAAUGUAAACUUCC